GCACAUGCAGUGGCCAAGCCAUGGUCACAGCCUCGUAAGGCCGACCCUUACGACAGGCAUAAAUAAACACUGAUGCCUGAAGACACCGUGUGAAUUGCGCGUUUCUCUCUCAUUGUUUUUUCAGAACAAAUUCUACCACCAUUUAAUAAUUUUUUUUUUCUCUCUCUUUCACCACCUCCAACAACUACAUCAACACACAACCCAAUUAUGCUCCUUUGACAGAUAUCAGAUCAGGCACAGCAGAUCUUGGACCCGAAUUACCAUCCCUUCAGAAGGUUCGUUUUUUUAACCACAAAUGUUCCCUCUUUAUCUGCUAGGGACAGUGUCUGUGCUACAAUCACCAGGUGUUUUUGUUUUGGUCAGGUCUAUUUCAAGAGACAAAUAUUUCAAGAGACAAAUAUUCGUGGAGCUUUGAGGAGUUGCUUCUUAUACUACAACUCUGGCCAACUCUCUAGCAAUAUUUUCACCAAGUGUUGAAGCUGUUGGUCCUUCCUUUUCUGGUUCACGGUUUUUUGUGGACAGGCUUCUAUCUCUUGUUCUGCGUCUUCCCAUCGAUUAUGGCUAACUUUUGAAUCACUCUUGCUUCAAUGUUACCGCUGAUAACUGAGUCAGACAAGAUGUGAGCGGCAAUAGGAUUAUAGGAAUCGUAUCAAGUUUGAAUAAAACUAUAAAAAGGAUUCAGAACAAGCUUUAUCUUCUGUCAUGGCCUUGUGCAGGUGUCUCUCCUUUUUUACUGGAAAGAAAGACAAAAACAAGAGUGCUGCUGAAGGGUCUUCAACGGGGGACCUUAAAGCUCAACUUGGCGAAAUACAGCACCCGAAGAUUUCAUCAGAGCGUCGUGAUUUGAAGCCGGCCACCCUUGAUGUGACGGUACCCUUUGGUGUGCAGAAGAAUUCAAGGGGAAAUGUGAGGAUUAUGAACCAUGAGAGUCCUGUGAAGACUGAAGUGGAGGAAGCUUAUGAAGGAGAAGACGAGCAUGAACAGUCUCCUUCCAUCAAGAGGCAGCUCUCUGAUUUUGAUCUUCAAGUCCACCAAGCUGCUGCAAGCAAAGGAAGAUGUGAUCCAUCAAAUGAAGAGAUAAAAUUUGAAGACCAAGUUAACAUUCAAUUCGAAGACACAGAACAUAAAUACAGCAUAAAGAGUGAUGAUAUGAUCCAAAGUGGACAUGUCAGUGAUCCCGGGAUUGGAAAGACUGACUUUUGGGCUUCUCCGGAGCUCAAGAGAUCUUGUUCUGACCUUGAAAGAAGGGAUGUUCUUAUGAAAACUUCUCAUCUCUUUCCAACUUCCAAGUCACAGUCUUUUGAGGAUUUACACGGAUUAUCAGCAUAUAUUAAUCUAGAAAGCCCGAGGUCUGCGAUGACUCACUGCAGUGCUGAUAAAGUGAUGUUGAAAAGGCAUUCCUCAAGUCAAGUUCUUCCUUCUAGAAGUAAAAGAUUGUGGUGGAAGUUGUUCCUCUGGAGCCACAGGAAUAUACAUAGAUCAAAGUCAAGCAAAUCGACACAGAUACAUCCUGCAAUUGCUGCUUUGAGUAGUCAAUGUGGGUACUCCUCCGACACCCUUGAACCAAAGCAAGGCAAGGCUUUGAGACACGAAGAAUCACCCUCACCAACCUCAUCUUUUGGGGAAUAUUUUCAGAAAAGCUGCGAUGAACAAAACAUUGUUAACCAAAGGUGGAGCAGAUUUCAGAAAGACCAUUUUGGAUUUUGGCCACAAAACCAAUGGGUGGCUUUCUCAACCGAAUCAUCCUCGCUUAGCAGAGUGGAUGAGUGGGUGAAAGAUCUCGAAAUUCAGCAGCCACCUCCUGAGGAUGAUGACUUUGGUGAUGACAGCAUUGGAAGCAUUGCAUUCCCACCUUCUCCUGAUGAUGGUAGAUCAAUGGCAAGAAGCACAUCUCAGUUGAUUCGACAUUCAGAUGCCAAUAUUUCAAAAGAGAUAAUGCAUGCCAAUAGUCUGGUCCAGUCCCUGAACCCCGCCUCAACUGCUGCUCAUAUAUCAGGCAUUGGUAUAAAGGCCAUUCCCUCUCUUUCGCACUUCUUCAGUCUCCGCUCUGUCAAUUUGUCAAGCAAUCUUAUAGCUCACAUCACUCCUGGAUUUCUCCCAAAGGGUAUUCAUACACUGAAUCUGUCAAGAAACAAAAUCAGCACUAUUGAGGGCCUCAGAGAAUUAACCCGGUUGCGGAUACUUGAUUUAAGUUAUAAUCGCAUCUCAAGAAUUGGACAAGGAUUAUCAAAUUGUACCUUAGUCAAAGAGCUAUAUCUUGCUGGGAACAAGAUAGGUGAUGUUGAGGGGCUGCACAGGUUACUGAAGCUAACAGUUCUGGACUUGAGCUUUAACAAGAUCGCAACCACAAAAGCAUUAGGUCAGCUGGUGGCUAACUACAACUCACUUCAGGCUUUGAGUCUGCUAGGAAACCCAAUUCAAAGCAACAUCAGUGAUGAGCAACUGCGCAAAGCAGUUAGUGGUCUUCUUCCAAAGCUUGUGUACCUGAACAAGCAAUCUAUAAAGACUCAAAGGGGACGAGAAAUGUUCACUGAUAGUGUUGCCAAAGCUGCACUUGGGAACAGCGGCCACAACUCCUACAGAAGAGUACUGAAGAAAGGUGGUGGCCAAGGAGGGUCAAGUUCCUCCGGUGUGCAUAGAAGCAGUGCUAGUGUUUCCCACAAAAGCAGGCACAGGUCAAGGAGCCGAACUAAGCGUCAUUAGUUCUAUGUGCAAUUUAUCAGUCUGUUUCUAAGACUUCAUGAAGUGGAGGAGUAAUUUUCAAACUUGUUUUUACCAAUAUUUGCUUCAUCCUGUGGAAUAAACGUUGGUUGUGAUUGUUGCUGUGUUUGUUUCAACCUGUUAGUUAUCUUGGGUGUUUGAUGAAGACUUGGAUGUAGAACAGUGUUCAUCGUUUAGCUGGUUUCCCGAUAUACUUAAAAGUGGAAUAAUGAAGCAUGAAAAUUUGUGGAUUUUCAUGUUGAAGAAGUUUUUCUGCA